CCCCACACACACCCCAAAAAAUGUGUACCAAAGCAUUAUGCGCGGCAAUGUCGUGGGUGUCCCUGCUGCUGCUCUCCGCCUCCAUGUUGAUGCUGGUCUCGACGCUGGUGGCUGCAGAAGGCGAGGACGAGGAGGCCGCGCUGCUGGCCUUCAAGGCCGCGGCGACCAGCGGCGGCGGUUACGGCGACGACCCGCUAGCUUCGUGGAACCGCAGCACCACCGGUGGCGGUGGGUACUGCAGCUGGGAGGGGGUGAGGUGCCGGGGCACACGCCCCCGAGUGGUGGCGUUGAGCCUCCCGUCCCAUGGGCUCACCGGCGUCCUCUCGCCUGCCAUUGGUAACCUAUCAUCUUUGAGGGUUCUGGACCUGGACUCUAAUGGAUUCAGUGGGAACAUCCCCGGGAGCCUCGGUCGUCUACGCCAUCUCCAUACCCUCGACUUGAGUCGCAAUGCCUUCUCUGGCUCACUCCCCACCAACUUGAGCUCUUGCACCAGUCUAAUAACGUUGGUCCUUGAUUUUAACAACCUCAGCGGGAACAUACCCUCUGAGCUCGGUGACAAGCUCAAGCACCUCAAGGAGCUCAGCCUGCAGAACAACAGCUUCACUGGAAGGAUUCCAGCGUCGCUGGCCAACUUGACAUCAUUGAGUCUUCUUGAUCUCGCGUUCAACCUGCUCGAGGGUACUAUCCCCAAGGGCCUUGGAGUCCUCAAGGACCUUAGGGGUCUUGCGCUUGCCUUCAACAACCUCUCUGGCGAGACCCCUAUAUCCCUUUACAAUUUGUCUUCCUUGGAAAUUUUGCAGAUUCAGUCCAACAUGCUCAGCGGUAGCAUUCCCACCGAUAUUGGCAACAUGUUCCCCAGCAUGCGAGGACUUGGUCUUUUUACAAACCGGUUCACUGGGACCAUCCCUACUUCACUCUCCAACCUCACAUCACUUCAGGAACUCCACCUCGCGGACAAUAUGCUUAGUGGAUAUGUGCCUCGCACGAUUGGGAGACUACGGGCUCUGCAAAAGCUAUACUUGUACAAAAACAUGCUACAAGCUAACGACUGGGAGGGGUGGGAAUUUAUCACUUCUUUGUCAAACUGCAGCCAGCUCCAACAAUUACAAAUCAACAACAACGCCGAUUUGACUGGACUGCUACCAAGCUCAAUAGUGAAUCUCUCUACAAACCUGCAGCUCCUCCACUUUGGCGCUACUGGGAUUUGGGGAAGCAUCCCCUCGACCAUCGGCAAUCUGGUGGGCCUUGAAUUCCUUGGUGCUAAUGAUGCCUCCAUAUCCGGAGUAAUUCCAGAUAGCAUCGGCAAGCUAGGAAACUUGAGUGGGGUUUCUCUGUACAAUAGUAACUUGUCCGGUCAAAUACCUUCAUCUAUUGGAAAUCUCUCAAAGUUAGCUUUCGUUUAUGCCCAUAGUGCCAAUCUAGAGGGGCCAAUUCCAACAAGCAUUGGGAAGUUGAAGAGUUUACAAGCCCUUGAUUUCGCAAUGAACCACCUGAACGGUUCAAUUCCAAGAGAGAUUUUUCAACUUUCUUUGAUUUACUUAGACUUGUCAUCCAAUUCACUAUCAGGACCUCUUCCCUCCCAGAUCGGUAGCUUACAGAACCUUAACCAACUAUUUCUAUCUGGAAACCAGUUGUCUGGCGAGAUACCUGAAAGUAUUGGGAACUGCGUUGUGCUGCAAGACCUUUGGUUGGGCAAUAACUUCUUUAACGGAAGCAUACCUCAAUACCUCAACAAGGGUCUAACUACACUCAACCUGUCAAUGAAUAGGUUGUCUGGUACUAUUCCCGGUGCCUUAGGAAGUAUCAGCGGCCUGGAACAAUUGUGUCUGGCGCACAACAAUUUGUCAGGACCAAUCCCUACAGUUCUACAGAAUUUGACAUCAUUGUUCAAGUUGGAUUUGUCCUUCAACAAUCUGCAAGGGGAAGUGCCAAAAGAAGGGAUUUUCAGAAAUUUUGCUAACCUGUCGAUCACUGGAAAUAACCAGCUUUGUGGAGGAAUACCUCAGCUUAAUUUAGUUCCAUGCAAGACAGAUUCUGCGAAAAAGAAGAGAAGACGGAAACUGAAGUAUCUUAGAAUAGCACUAGCAACAACCUUUGCACUCUUAUUAUUAGCUGUUGUUGUUGCACUCGUUCGCUUGAUCUACAGGAAGCAAACACGAAGGCAGAAGGGCGCAUUUGGACCACCAAUGGAUGAGGAACAGUAUGAAAGGGUUUCUUUUCAUGCAUUAUCAAAUGGAACAAAUGGAUUCUCAGAAGCCAAUUUGCUUGGUAAGGGCAGCUUUGGGACAGUCUACAAAUGUGCUUUUCAAGCUGAGGGAACUGUUGUAGCUGUAAAGGUUUUUAACCUUGAACAACCGGGUUCUAAUAAAAGUUUUGUAGCUGAAUGUGAGGCACUGAGAAGGGUGCGCCACCGCUGCCUCAUGAAGAUCAUCACAUGCUGCUCAAGCAUCAAUGAACAAGGUCGGGAUUUCAAGGCAUUGGUUUUUGAGUUCAUGCCAAAUGGUGGCUUGAAUCGUUGGCUCCAUAUAGAAUCUGGCAUGCCCACUUUGGAGAAUACUCUCAGCCUUGGACAAAGGCUCGAUAUCGCUGUCGAUAUCAUGGAUGCUCUGGAUUAUCUUCAUAAUCACUGCCAGCCACCAAUCAUCCACUGCGAUCUCAAACCAAGCAACAUCCUUCUUGCAGAAGACAUGAGCGCCCGAGUUGGAGAUUUUGGCAUAUCUAGAAUCAUUUCAGCAAGCGAAAGUAUAAUUCCGCAAAAUUCUAGUACCACAAUUGGCAUAAGAGGGUCCAUUGGCUAUGUUGCUCCUGAGUACGGUGAAGGUUCUUCAGUCACAACUUUUGGUGAUGUUUAUAGCCUUGGCAUAUUGCUGCUUGAGAUUUUCACAGGGAAGAGCCCAACAGAUGAUAUGUUUAGAGGUUCAAUGGAUCUACAUAAGUUUUCUGAGGAUGCUCUUCCAGAUAAAAUCUGGGAGAUAGCUGAUACGACAAUGUGGCUGCACACCGGCACCUAUGACAGCAAUACAAGAAACAUAAUUGAGAAAUGUUUGGUCCAUGUCAUUUCUCUUGGGUUAUCCUGCUCACGAAAACAACCUAGGGAGAGGACACUGAUACAAGAUGCGGUCAAUGAGAUGCAUGCUAUCAGAGAUUCAUUCCUCAAAUUUGCUAGAGCUCUUGUGGUGGAAGAUGAAGCAGGAACGCUUUCACAGUAAUUUUCAAACAACAGUGAAUAAGUAGAGCUGAAAAUGGGCAAUAUGUUUGCAGGUGAUAACCUAAAUAAAAUAAUUGAAGGUGGCUUCAAUC